AUGCCUCUAUUUCACGACCCUGAUCGCCGGCGACGUUCCCCGUCAGACGAGUACGAAGUUGAGCAGUCCAUCCCAAGGUCCUCUUGGGACCGAGCACAAAUAUACAGGCAGCAUGAACAGGACCGGUCAAGGCCAGCUGGACCAGCUCUAGACUCAUUGUCUUCUGAACCUCAUCCACCCAAAAAUUGGACCAACGAUAGGCACGAACUUAUACAAAGGAUCAAAGAAUCGUCGCCCUGGAGGCUACGAUAUACUUCGCAGGAGAGUGGCGCCAGCGAGGUUCCUAUGUCUCACACCGCCCCGAAGGAGUCCAAGGUGGAGGAACCGAUCGAGAAGCAUGACUUGAAAAAUAAAGAAUAUUCGCAGAUACCAGAAGAACUGGGUUCGCCGGCCGAUAUUCGUAGGCCUCGGUCUGCUUUGCAUUCCGGCGACUUCAGAGAAGGCACCGACAGCUCUACACAACAUGCUCCGCCGUCACCUCGGCCUCAUUUCGCUGAUCGAUUUCCAACCAUUCCUAUUCCCGACUUAAGUACCUCUCCUACAACGCCUUGGUUUGGCGCAUCAACUUUCCAGACCCCGACACAGCGGCCCGCAUUCGAUGAACAUCGUGAGAUAGCGCUCCAAACCCGGGCUCGAGCACCUUCUCUCGGAACUUUUUCUUCGAGCUAUGUUCUCAAAGCUCCAACGAGCCCUCUGGUACACCAGGCAAACAACACCGAUCUGGAUUUUUCACCUCGGGUUGAUUCGGGAGCCUCUUCUGAGCUUGUCGAUAGAUCGAAUCGACGUCGGACUUUACCUCCUGAGUCGUUUCGGCACCUCCAAUCAUCCCCGCCGAAUUCGCGCGCCGUCAGCAUUCGUAAUCCUUAUCAGCCAGGUCAUCACGAGGGACUUUUCCAGCCACAGCACUUCCCUCGCCGGUCUUUGACGUCGGCGUAUAGUCUUCAACUUGCCCCAACGAAUAAUGCUGCUGCAUAUCGGGCAAGGCGGCCAUCUUUUGCCUCUGAGCUUUCUGCGAAGCCUCAUGCUCCGAUGGUAGGAUCCUACGAAGAGUCUCUCUUACGGGGCCGAAUGUCUAUGAGUCCUUCCAAACCACUGGAUUUUACGGCGCAAAUCGGAGUUCUUGGGAAGGGAAAGUGCAAAAGACAUCUAAAAUGCCCUCCACACGUGACGGUGCCUUUUCCCGCUGUUUUCUACAGCUAUCCUACCUCUGGAAAUGGCCGUUCCAUUGCGGAUGACAGCCCAAGUCCGUACGUGGGCCAUAUUGACCUUGAGAACUCGCUCGUCAAAGAUGAGUCGAGCACGAGGAAACGUCGUAAUCGACAUGCCAGCCCUACCAAGUCUCAAGAAGAUACUGUCAUGCUCGACACAGAUGCAGCCCGAACUACUGAUGUCGACAUUCGACGUCGCCGAGAAAAGAAGAAUCGCAGAGCGGAAUCUCCAAAAUGCCCCCCCGGCGGGUGCUAUCGAAUUCCCCAGCAGGGACAACUUCAAAUUAUAAUCAAGAACCCACACAAGACCGCAGUCAAGCUGUUCCUUGUGCCUUAUGACCUCACCGACAUGGAACCAGGCACGAAGACCUUUAUUCGGCAGAGAAGCUAUUCGGCGGGCCCGAUAAUCGACAUGCCGUUGAGUGCACGGAAGAACUUUGGAACUGAUCGCCCCGAGGCCUCGUUGAACGCCACCGAGGAUCCCCGAGACAAACCCAUUUUGCGCUAUCUCAUUCAUUUGAAUAUUUGCUGUCCGACGCGCGGUCGCUUCUACCUACACUCCAGUGUUCGCGUGGUAUUUGCCAAUCGUGUUCCAGACGGUAAGGAGAAACUGCGCAACGAGAUUCAAUUACCAGAGCCCCGAUACACCCAUACAAGCCUACUGGGGACUCGAGUCUCUCGGGAUCCACCAGCAAUGCACGAUUGGCAAUCGAAAAAGCUUCUCGCAGACGGAGCUCCGGCCAGGGCACCAUUUCCCUUCUCCGACCACAUGUAUCAUCCCCGAGCGACGUUCCACUACACUGGACCGCAGCCGAAGCCAUGGGACUCACGAACUCCUCGCAAUUUUCUCCAGAGUUUGACUCCACCUUUUACAACAAGCUCAACAAGGGCGACAUUGGAUAUGGUGGUUCCGAGAACGGUGAGAGCCUACUUGCCACGCGACUUCGCGGUUUAG